CACAACUUAUGAAAGUAACUAGUCUCUUACUUCCUUCCUUCUUCGUCUUUACGAUUUGAUCCUUUUCUUAUUAGCUCGAAAUUGACAAAUUCUUUUUGGAUAUGGCAGCAGCGUCAUCUAUUGCUCUCUUCCACAAACCAACCUGCAGUUUCUAUUUGGGCCCUUUCUCUGCUCCCGCUCGAUAUCGAAGUUGGAGCUCAAUAUUCCAUUUGAAUCGGAGGAGACUCUUCUCUUUCUCUGCUCCUCCUAAAACUAUGGCCGAUUUAGUCAAAACCCAUGCUUGGAGAGACGGCGGAAAUAUUGACGGGGAAGAACGGUUUCAGGCCUUCGAGCAAGAGGCUUUUAUGAAGAAUAGUCCCUCCAACGAUUUGGUCUCCGAUGCUGGCGGUGGGAUCAACGCCGUCGCUAAUCGUCUGAGCAAAUGGGUGUUAGCUGCUCUGUUUGGAUCGGUUCUGCUUCUACGACAUGAUGGUGCAGCCUUGUGGGCUGUCAUUGGCUCCGUUUCCAAUUCCGCGCUUUCCGUAGCUCUCAAACGCAUCCUUAACCAAGAGAGACCUGUUGCAACUCUGCGUUCUGACCCUGGGAUGCCUUCUUCUCAUGCUCAGUCCAUUUCUUUCAUCUCUCUCUUUACCCUCUUCUCUGUUAUGGAGUGGCUUGGAACCAACGAACUCUCUCUUUUCCUUAGCGGCCUCAUCGUUGCGUUGGCUUCUUACUUUACAUGGUUAAGGGUCUCCCAGAAGCUUCACACGGCCAGUCAAGUGGUGGUGGGUGCAAUCGUGGGCUCUGUUUACUCCACCUUGUGGUACAUAACGUGGAACUCACUUGUUCUGGAAGCUUUCGCCUCAUCAUUCUCUGUACAAGUAGCUGUAUUUACAGCUGCUGCUGCAUCUGCUCUGGGUUUUGCAGUUUAUGUGCUACUUAACUGGUUCAAAGAUGACAGAUGACAAAGAAAAUAUAAUAAUUCGAGGGUUAUAAAACUAUUCCUUUGUUUCCCAUUUCACUCGUACUGUUUGAGCUGUCUAGCAAUCAACAUUACCACUCUGUGUUCUGUUU